UGGAAAGAGUUUGUAAAACGGAGAUUGAGCGACAAAGGCAAGGAGUUGUCUGAAAUUGGCAGAACGGUACAAGCUCACCACAAAUAUCCGCAUAGGAUGGGACGAAGGACCUAUGCUGGAUUAAAGGACAAACUGAAAAGAGAAGGAAAGUGGACAAGUGAUUCACCCCCUCCACGAGAAUUAUUAUGGAUACUUGCACGCCAAAAUGAAAAUGGGGAGUAUAAGACUGAUGAGAUUGGUGAAGUUGCUGCUCAAAUUGAUGACUGCUCGAAAAAGAUCAAAGAGGGUACAAUUGUCUGUGAAGGUAAGACAGAUGCCCUUGUAAAGAUUUUGGGUGAAGAACAUGGUGGAAGAGUAAGGGCUGCAGGUACAAGAGUGACCCAUAGUCAGUAUUUUGACACUCCUCGACAACGUGGAUCAUCAAAUAAAGAUAAUCUGAAUAAAAUCAGAGAACUGGAAGAGCAACUAAGAGUGAAAGAUGUGCAAGCAAGAAUAAGUGAAGAGAACUUGAGAAAAGAAUUCCAACAACAAUUGGAGGAACAGUCACUAGACACAGAGAGAAAAUUGCAGAAACAAUUCCUUCAGUUCAAAGAAUUAUUGGGCAAAUCCCAAUAUGAUACGAUUCAGCCACCUAUGAUGUCCUCAGAAAAUGUCCCUGCCUUAGGUGCUGAGGAUAAGGACUUGGCUGAAACUUGGGGGGAAGCUGUUCACGAUCCGAAAGGAAAGGCCCAAAAUAUUCGGAGACAUAAUGGAGCCAAAAGCUCUAAACUGGAUGCUAGAAAGACGUCUCAAUAA